AGGGCUUAGCGGUCUUUCUAAGGCAGGCACGUCUGGACGAAACCCCACCUCACCAUCCGUGCCGAGCGAAUCUCUGUCACUUCCCCGACCGGUAGCUUGCUUCAGUCAUGGCGCCCAAAGUAACCACCAACGCCGCGAAACAGGCCACGAUCCUCGCAUGGUUUCACAAGACGGCUGUCGCACAUAGCAUCAAGGAUCUCGAGAAGGCUUUGCCGCAGGUCGCAUCGAUCAAUGGCAUGCAGGUGAAGGACUACCUGCAGGCUCUGUCGGACGAGAACAUGAUCCGCGUCGAGAAAGUCGGCAGCGGCAACUGGUACUGGAGCUUUCCGAGCGACGCGAAGAAGGCGAAAGAGGAUGCUCUGGAGAAGGUUCAAGAAGAGUACAACAAGGCCAACACCAUUGUCACGGAGCUCCAGGCCAAGGUUGAUGAAGCGGGAGCCGCACGUGCAGAAGACGAGGAUAUGCUCAUGGGCUGCGAUCGCAAGACUCUGAUCACCAAGCAUGCGGACUUGACCAAGGAGCUUGAGAAGCUGCGGCAAGAGCUAGCCGCAUACAGCGAGCAAGACCCGGUUGAGAUGGAAAAGAAGCGAAACGAGACGCAACUGUCCCGCAACGAGGUCGAGAAAUACACGGAUCAGGUGCUUAGCAUGGAAGGCUGGUUGAAGGAGCAGACGGGCGGCGACCUGGAGCAAAUGUCCAACAUCAAGCGCAUGUACUACGGGGACGAAUUCGACGAGGAAGAAGGCGGAUUACGUGAGCUUUGAGACGGCAGAAGGGCAUUCUCUGGAGGGAAGUUCAUAAGUGUUGCUAUCUGGGUGUUCGAAUGUACAAGGCUUUCAAGGUGCUUCAGGUCGGACGAUCCUUGUGCCCCGGCAAUAAUUCUAGAUGCCUGAUAGCUAACAGCUAAGCCACAUAAUCAGAUGAAUCAUCUCGAAUCAUCACGCUAAUUCCUGGUGAACCUCCACAUCCAAGCAAUCAGACUGUGCCUGAGUCACUUCAAAUGACUGUUCCU